UAUCUUCAUCUAAGCAAGAAGUACAGAUCCCAGAUGUGGACCAGCUUCUUGGAGAGUCCAACUCUGCUUUCACUUCUGCUUUGGUUACUAGUUCUCCCACUGUGUGUUCUUCCAGUCCCAGCUGGCACGUCGGCCAGAAGCAUGGAAAAUACGAUACGUCCACGCCUCGUUCCAGUGCCACCAGUCCUAAAUUUAACUUACAAAAAGUUUCUCCCCACGAACGAACCCAGCGUGGUAAAAGACAAAACCUGGAUGGAAGUGAUCAUGGGGGAAAGUGGGGUCACAGUAGUGACAUAAAACACAGUGAACAGAGACUUAGUCUUGGAGACUUCAUUACUCCAGAUGUGAAGAUAGUAAAUAGAAAGAAGAGUCCAUUACAUAGAGAUAGAGUUAGUGGAGGGUGGUCACUUCGGCAUCCAGACAUACCUAAAACUUUAGACCUCAGUGAUGAAGAGGCCUUUCCACUUGUAGGCAGCAGCACUCCCACGAUAAACAACAGAAACGAAGAAUAAACCCGACACGCAUUCUGACGACUAAUGCACGUCAGUCCAGCAAGAGUUCUCCAUUCAACCAUUGUGCGAAAGAAAUAUUUGGUGUUCCACAGAGUCACUCUACAAGUAGUCCAUUUUUGACAAGUGAAGAAGGUAGCAAAACUAUGGAUGAAGAAAGAGAAUUAUGCAAGAGAGACUUAAAAGGCAAGAAAGUGUAGCUAAGAUAAUUAGAAGUGGAGAGUCGGGUAAAGUGUUACGUAAAGAAUCUUCACCAAGCCAGGUUCAACCGAGACAGACAGAUAAGGCUAACAACUACGUCCAAGCUUCUCCUGAUCUAGUCACUAAUAGGAACUGUCUUGAUAUUCUUGUUAAAAUAUAUGCUGAACUGAUAUUAUACAACAUGACACCCAGUGUUAUGGUAGAACUGUACUAUCUCAUGCAAAUGCUGACAGUAUGUGUGAUUGUUGGCACAGAAGAAAGAAGUGAGCAAGUUGACAAAUGUUACCUCAGCACUACACACAAUUGUGUUUAUUUUGCUACAAAUGUACUUCUCUUGAUAUUAGACAUUUUGAAACUUUUCGACAAAGGCACAAUUAAACUUUUAUCAGAAAAUCCUCGUGUUCAACUAUUUUCAGAGGAAUUACAAAAACAUCUUCUGGAAUAUCUUGAAAGUCCUCUACCAGCACCUGUCCUCAACCAGGCUCAAAAGUCACCUAUUGGAAGUGUGUCUUUCCAGUCGGACACUGACAACAGAAAUAACUUUCCCAGUGGGCAAGCAUUUCACAUUUUUCGGAAACAACGGGACAUGUUUUAUGAGAUGAUCCGAAUUUGGGAAGAGAACCACCUUACGUCUGGCUGGUCUUAUGGUCAAGCUCUUGGGGCAAGAAUUCGCCACCUGUUGUCUCUACAUCCCAGCUCUUCCAAUUUUGCACAUUUUGCCCGUCUCUUCCAAUCGCAGCUUCUCAACAUGUGUCGUGGGGACGAUGACCAGGCUCACUGGCAACAGGAUCCUGAUGGUUUGGGUUUGUUGAUGCUCUUGAAAAAGCAGCAACCAGAGAAAUACAAGCGUCUGUAUGAACGUCUUGUGACUCCUUCAAAGUUUGGGGGUCCGUGUCCCCCUCCAUCCUUCCCGGGGUCUCAGGAGUUCUUCAGAGACUUUAUAACUACUGCAUCAAGCUAUGUGUUUAACCAGCAUCUGAAGGAUGUCUUAAUAAGCCAUAUACAGAUGCUUAAUGAUCAAGAAUUUGUGAUCUUAGAACCAGAGGAAACAGAUCCAGUAGACGUAAUGGUGUGUGGCGAAGCUCGUUCUGUUGUCCUUAAUCUUCGUGUCUUGGCAAAAUUUUUGGGAUUCUUAGAAUUCUUACCAUAUCAAACUUCAGAACAUAUUCCUGAGAAUAUCGUAGCCACUCACAUUGAUCUUCGUAGUAAGGUGUGUCCUCCAGUGAACCUAUGUGCUGCAUUACGGCAGUGUGCUUCAACUGGCCAGCUGGUGGUUGGAGUUACGUGGAUGGUGGAGUUCUUCAGUAUGGUUGACCCUGUUGCCUUACAUUCUCGUCAUUAUCUAACUGUUGUCAUGAUACUCGUAGCUGUCUUCAGGUUACUCUAUGUUGUUAGACCUGUGGAACCCACUGGAUGUCAAGUAUGUGAUGUUGCUUACACAACCAGAAGUUUGACUCCGUAUAAUGGCCUUCUGUUGAAGCUACUUUUGGGUUGGCUCUUUGAUCUACCAAACUUCCCUGAUGGUUUAUUUUUUAUUGAUGUGGGAGAGAUAGAUAUUGACUAUUUGGAAUACAGUCAAACCCUUGACGUACUCAAAGCCAACUACCGCCAUCUGUGUGUCACCUGUCUGAGGUGUCUAUUUACACCAACUGAUGAUGUGAUGGAUAGAAGGACAGCAGAAAUUAAUACUGUAUUAACACAAAAAGGAGUAUCACCUCACAAAGACCUUAAACCAACAAAAGGUACUGGACUGCCUCUCACAAAGACUCCUUCUAAGCAAAAUAUAAAAGGAUCACCAAGCAAAACUCCCUCCAAGUUUUUAUCAGUGAGCAUGAUAGAGAGUCCUCAGACUACACCUCUCAAAGGCUCUGACACUCAGAUUGUGGCAGAGCGUAAGCUGAAUCUAGAUGAGUCUAAUUUUGUUGAUCAACAGAUGAUCACAAUCUGCUGUCCAUUUAUAAGUGAACUAAAGAACUUACUGAGUGAUUACUGGGUAGGUGGAGGUUGCAGUAAAGGUACCAACAGUUACCGCAAGAUUACACCACUCUCUGCCUCUGAUAGAACCACUUCAACACACUCACAGAUGCAGCUGCAGGUAAUUCAUGUUUCAUUUAUUUAAA